UUCCGCCAUAUUGCAGAACCGGCAUCAUGGUGCGCAUGAACGUUCUCGCGGAUGCGCUCAAAAGCAUCAACAAUGCUGAGAAGCGUGGGAAACGCCAGGUCCUCAUCAGGCCCUGCUCCAAGGUUAUUGUGCGCUUUCUAACCGUCAUGAUGAAGCACGGGUACAUUGGUGAGUUUGAGAUCAUUGACGAUCACAGAGCUGGAAAAAUUGUCGUCAAUCUCACGGGAAGGCUGAACAAGUGCGGUGUUAUUAGUCCACGUUUUGAUCUUCAGCUCAAAGACCUGGAGAAGUGGCAGAACAACCUGCUGCCUUCAAGACAGUUCGGAUAUAUUGUGCUGACCACCUCAGCUGGCAUCAUGGAUCACGAAGAGGCCAGACGGAAACACACAGGAGGCAAAAUCCUUGGAUUCUUUUUCUAAAAAUGUAAAGAACUGAAAAUAAAAACAACCAGAGAAAAGCC